GCGACAGCAGCAGUUCGCUGCAGUCCAAUCGGACACUGUGGAAGAAGUGGUUCAUCGUCGACGACGCACCAACACUAGCCAUCAACCAUCUUUUCACCAUGUCUCAGGGCAACACAGCAACACGGGACUGGCUCACGGAAUGGCAGAAGAUCGCGGCACUGCCCGAUAUGGACUUACCGUUCACGCAUCUACGCCGUGAGUUCUACAACAGGUCAUGUGCUGCACUGAGCCAGAGACUUGGUGAUCGCGAGCAAUACACCACCUUUGCUGAGAUCAUUGAUAAGSCAAGGGAGAUCAUCAAGACCAACAGGUCGGCUGCACACAAGAAGUCAACGUGGCAGCCAACCUAUGUGGAGAAGGUGAGAACUGGUCUGCGACAGCAGCAGUUCGCUGCAGUCCAAUCGGACACUGUGGAAGACCCAGCAGCCACCCAAGCGUCACGUGAGGGAGAUCAGGUGGCUGUUGUCCAGCCGCGAAGCAACAACAAACCUCGAGUGAACGGGAAGGCGAAAUCAGCAUCGCCGACCGGAAAUGGACAGCCAGCACCACCAUGGGUCAAGUUCGGUUUGACCGAGGCCGAGUACAAGUACCGCGGCCGUUACGGCUGCUGCUACUGGUGCAAAAGCACCAAGCACAAGACCUCCCUUUGCCAGGAUCAGGCCAAGGAGGAUGUGCGGCCUCUACCGACUCCGUUGAUGGACGCCGGAGUAGAGGUUGUCGACCUUCACGCCUACAUUGCGAAGAUCGACCGCGAGUUCAAGACGCAACAGUACGACGACAUCGACGCACCAUUGCUAUAUGUACGCAUUCAGAUAGGAGAGGCGACCUGCAGCGCUUUGAUCGAUUGCGGAGCAUCUCGCAACUACAUGAGUCAGGACUUCAUGACGAUCAGAAACGCCGGCCCUCUCCCACGCAUCGACGAUCUUCUCGAGCGACUGGGCGGCGCCAAGUUCUUCUCCAAGCUGGACCUCAAGUCGGGAUAUCACCAACUCGAGAUUCGGAAGGGGGAUCGCUACAAGACCGCGUUUAAGACGCGAUAUGGGCAUUUCGAAUGGCUGGUCAUGCCAUUUGACCUUACGAAUGCCCCGGCCACUUUCCAAGCGGCUAUGACAACGGAGUUCCAACACAUGCUGGAUCGUUACGUACUUAUCUACCUCGACGACAUCCUGGUGUACAACCGGAGUUUGGAGGAGCAUGUGGAACACCUGCGCACCGUUUUGGAGUGGCUACGCCAAACCAAGUACAAAGCCAACCGUGACAAGUGCAAAUUUGCGCGGCAGGAGUUGGAGUACUUGGGACAUUAUGUGACGCCGCAAGGCAUCCGUCCGCUUGCGGGCAAGAUCGAGGCCCUACGAGUAUGGCCCGAGCCCACCAACACCACGGACGUUCGUUCAUUCAUGGGAUUGGCGGGCUACUAUCAGCAAUUCAUCACCGGAUACUCAAGGAUUGCUGCACCUAUGACGCAAUUACAAUCGCCAAAGGUGCCAUUCGUAUUCGAUGACGACGCAUGCUGGUCAUUCCAAGCACUUAAGACGGCCAUGCUCAUGACACCCGUCCUUAGCAUCUAUGACCCCACCCUGCCGACGAGAGUGACUACGGACGCUUCCGACUAUGGCAUUGGGGCAGUCUUGGAACAGCACGACGGCGACGAUUGACACCCUGUGGAGUAUUUCAGCCACAAAAUGUCUCCCAUCAUUGUCGACGCAGCAAACCCCGC